CUGGCUGUGGGCUAGUUCUGGGGGGAAGGGAAGCAGAGGAAAGACAAAGGGUUAAGACUAAGAGCUCACAGCUUCCUAACUGUUCUCCAGAACUUUACCAGAAGAAACCUGCAGGGGAUUCCCACAGGUCCAGAACCACUUUUAUCAGGCCUUCCUGUGAAGAAGUAAAAGGAGGCACUCUUCAAACCACAGCUUCUAAUGGGUGGUGGGGUGGGUCCACCCAGAAAUUAAAGCAAAGAAAGAGCAGAAGAUAGGGCUGCAUCCAAGAAGGCAGAAGGUCCCUGACUCCCUACUGAGCUCCAGGAUCCUGCCAAGUAGGUAGAUGGUCUGGGAAGGUCCUGCAUUCAGGGAACAAGACAAACCAAAAAUCAUCUGUCCGUCCUUCCUCAGGGCACCUGUCCUGCAGAUUUCCUGGGGAGUCUAAGGCUACUCUUUGGAGAUACAGAAUUAGCAUCCCCAUCUCCUAAGUUUCAGACAGAGGAAGAUGGCUCUUUUUGCGAUCCUAAAAAUUCUGAUGUUUCUUCUUAACAGCAUCUUAUUUUUUGGGGGACUGGGACUACUGGCCAUUGGCUUAUGUCUGAAUGCUGAAGGAAGUGCCUUUUCUGACCUAAUCGGGGUUUCAGUCUCACCAUUCAGUCAGCUCGUGCUCAUCAGAUAUCUCUGCAUCGUCAUUGGCAGCAUCCUCUUGUUCCUGGGAAUCCUGGGCUGCUUCGGAGCCGUAAAGGAAAACAAGAGCCUGCUGUUGCUGUUCUUCAUCAUCAUAUUAAUCAUCUUCCUGGUCAAACUGUCAAGUGCUAUAAUCAUCCUGGUCUUCUCCUCAUUUGCAAACUUGCUUAUCACAUAUUUUGAAACUUGGGCAGUCAAGUCGCUACAAGAGUCCUAUGGUGUGGAUAAAAAAGUCACAGAAUUGUGGAACGGCGUCAUGAAAGAGAUGUCCUGCUGUGGAUUUCACAAUUAUACUGAUUUUAUCGGCUCUAAAUAUCUGAAUCAAAGUGGUGGCUAUUAUCCAUCUUAUUGCUGUAACAGAUAUUAUUCGUUCUAUCAUUGCCUGGAGACUGAAGCUAUACGUUUACAAGGAUGUUUACAAAGCCUGGAGUACUCUUUGGAAAACAAUAGAAAGUUGAUUAGAGGUGUUGGAUUGGGAAUUAUGGUCUUUGAGGUGGCAGCCAUGGCGGUCUCCAUGAUCCUAUUUUUCAAAAUUGGUGACAUUUCAUACGAAUGAGAUCUCUGCUGGUACUGCCUCCCUCCCUGCUGGGAGAACAGCACAUGUCUAAGCAAUGAUGUUUCCUGCAUGAAAAAUGCUACUUUGUAUUAAUAAAUAAUGCUAAGCAUUCAGCUUGGAGUAGCAAAGCUAAAGAAUGGGUACCAUGCAUUUCUUUUCACCAAGAUAGUGGAUGUUGAUGGGAUCUGAUAUCCAUUCUCUAUGACUGGAAAAUUCUAAGGGUUUACUUUUACUAAAAGUUAUUAACUUUAAUUUAACCUCAGUACCUAAAAAACAAAAAACAAACAAACAAACAAACAAACAAAAAAACCCCACACACUCGCUUUAAUGGAGCUG